CGGGCCCCGCGGAACCCACCCAAAACUGGAUAAGAGGCGGACCAACCAAACUAAUUGAACUCUUGUCCAUCCAACCUUCAGCCCUUCGGAAUACAGUACUAUCUGGCCCAUGAGACCGCUAUGUAUAGCCUCAUUCACUUUAUUGAUCUCCUUGCAGUGCUCUCCACUUUCUUUGUCUUGUACUCCGUCGUGACCCUUCUCCUCGACCGACGCAAAGCCAAAGCCCUCGGCUGUCAGCCGGUGCAUGUGCAAAAGAAUCGCCUCCCACUAGGAUGGGAUCUACUACAGAGGUUCAAAGCUGCAGAUGCAGCUGGGACUCUUCCUGAAGAUAUGGCGAAUCUAUUCCGGGAAACAGGACACCGGACCUUCAAAGCAAGCAUGCUAGGCUCGACCUUUCUCAAUACGGUUGAACCGAAGAAUAUCCAGGCUUUGCUUGCUACGCAAUUCAAAGACUUUGAACUUGGGGAUCUGCGGAGGAAGACUUUUUUUCCUAUGCUGGGGAAUGGUAUAUUUACCGCUGAUGGAAAGUAUUGGGAGCAUUCGAGAGCCAUGAUCAGGCCCCAGUUUGUACGCGAUCAAAUUUCCAAUCUCGAAUCGGAAGAAAUACAUGUACAGGAGCUUCUCCAGCAUCUACCAGCCGAUCCACAUGGCUGGACCAGACCUAUCAACCUCACUCCUCUGUUCUUCCGUCUGACCCUAGACUCUGCAACCGAGUUCCUCUUCGGAACAAGCGUGCAUUCUCAGCGCCAGCAGACCACAGCAGAUGACGAUGACCAAUUCGAAUGGAAAGAUCUCGCAGCAAGCUUCGACAUCGGCACCAAGGUCCUCGGCGAACGCAGCCAACUCUUCGAAUUCUACUGGCUACACAACCCGAAAAUAUUCCGCGAUAGCAUUAAAGAAGUGCAUCGCUUCGCAGACUUUUGUGUGCAAAAUGCACUCCAGCGGUUCCAUGACCCAAAACAAGCUCCCACUGUAUCGUCGACCUCUAAGCAGAGAUACACCUUCCUCGACGAGCUGGUCAAGGUCACCCAGGAUCCGAUCGAGCUCCGCAGCCAACUCAUGAAUAUGCUUCUCGCCGGACGAGACACAACAGCUAGUCUUCUAAGCUGGGCAUUCUGGCUCCUUGCACGGCAUCCAGUCGUAUUCAACAAGCUUCGCAUGGGUAUUCUCGACAGUUUCGGCCCCUACGAGCGAACUGAUAGAAUAUCGUUUAGUUCCCUAAAGUCCUGCGCUUAUCUCCAAUACGUGCUGAACGAGGUCCUACGUCUGUAUCCCUCUGUCCCGAUGAACAGUCGGCGAGCAGCUAAGGAUACGACCCUUCCUGUUGGAGGAGGCAAAGACGGGAUGUCACCCGUCUUUGUGAAAAAGGGCGAAGAGGUAGGGUAUUACGUCUGUGUGAUGCAUCGAAUGAAGGAGUUCUGGGGUCCGGACGCAGAUGAGUUCAAUCCUGAUCGCUGGGCUAGUCGCAAGCACAACUGGGAGUAUUUGCCGUUCAAUGGAGGCCCGCGGAUUUGCCUGGGGCAGCAGUUUGCUCUCACGGAGGCGGGAUAUGUUAUUGUCAGGCUUUUGCAAAGGUUUGAUCAGAUGCGAUUGGAAGAUGGCUUUUCUGCGCCGCCGGCUCAUCGGUUGGGCUUGACUGAUGCUCCAAGGGAUUAUACUAUCUAUCUUCAUGAGAUGAAGUAAGAUCGGGUGGUGCUGCCAGGUGAUGAUUGACGGUUUGUCUCUUUCUCAAAAUUCUUUCUCCUGAAUCUGGGCACUUUUGUUGUACCCUGUAUCAGCAUUGUUGAGUAGGUACUUGCUUUUAAGGAUAUAUGAUAUUCUACUUCGUAUCUUCGUAUCAACAAAUGAACGAACUUUCC